AUUAGAAAUAAAAACUGAAAUACAAGAAAUUCGUAUAUCUUUUCUCAUUUCAGAAGAGAAAAAUGAAAUCCAGCGUAUUUUUUACGUGUCUGAUGUUAAUCAGUUCCCUAACGUUAGCAAUAUCUCAAGAAUGCAUGACACCGACUCAAGUGGCAGGGACGUGUAUCGAAAUUGAAAAGUGCCAGCCUGUGCUACAAUUGCUGCGAAGAGAAGGCAAAAAAGCAGUUGAUUUCGUAAGGAAAUUCAUCUGCCAUAUGGAGGGCAUGACUCACCCCGUUUGUUGCCCAGUCAAACCGGGAAAGACGAUGAGACAAAACGUGUACGGACCUCUCUUUCCACCCCAGUGCGGUUACAGCUAUGUCUCCCACCCGAAGAUAGACGGUGGCACGAGAGCAAAACUCAGUAUGUCUCAUCACAGACUUCGUUUCUUGAUUAAGCGAUUAAUUCAUUACACCCAACAAAAUUUGAUCUCAGACGCAUGGCCCUGGAUGGCUGCACUGGGAUAUAAAGCAACUCCAACUUCCGAAGUGACAUGGAAUUGUAGUGGUUCUCUUAUAUCAGCCAGACACGUUUUAACCGCUUUUCAUUGCCUGAUCUACCUUAAUCUGUACGUUAUACGUCUCGGGGAUUUAAACUUGGUGCGUGACGACGACGGGGCACAUCCAAUUGACGUUGGAUUCGACAAAAUGAUCAUUGAUCCUAAAUUAAAAUAUCAGGGAAUCUUGUCCACGAAUGAUAUCGCUAUCAUCCGACUUGACCGUGAGAUACAAUUCACGUAUAACAUACAUCCUAUUUGCCUCCCGGUGGGAAGAAUUCGGCAUCUAGACUUCGUGAACACUCAUCCAUUCCUCGCGGGAUGGGGACGUCUGGGCUGGGAGGAACCAACCAGCGAUGUUCUCAUGGAAGUACAAGUACCAGUAACCACCACCGAGGCUUGCGCAAAGGCUUACGAAUAUAUGACGAAUAAUAAAAAUUAUGAAUCAGUGAUAUGUACAGGUUCAAAAGAUGGAAAAGAUGCUUGCAAAGUAAUUAAAUCAUCUCCGAUCACCAAUGUCGAUGAUUACGUUUUGAUGUUUCCAUACUUUUAUUUCAGGGUGAUAGUGGUGGACCAGUAAUGUUACCGAUAAAUGGAUCGUACUAUGUGAUCGGAGUAAUAAGUAGUGGUGAAGGAUGCGGUUUCGGACCCCCUGCACUCAAUAUUAGGGUCAC